AUGUUCAACUUCAUUGGCAACGAACACUCUGACGCCUCUGUUGAUGACUACCACCCUGACUAUUUUGCUACCGGCUGUUCUGAAUGCGUUGCAGACCAUGGAUCAUUUUCUGGAGCUCAACAAACCGCUUUUAUGGACACCCUAUAUCCUCCAAAUCAUGGACCUUCAACUUUGGAACACAGCUCCUCAUAUCAAAAUCUUAUUCCCUUCGACUCAGCACGGCUAAUCACAUGUUUGUCUGACCUCUUGAACUCGGACGUGAACAUCAACUGGGAGGAUCCUGCUCUAUAUGCCAACCUCCCGCCUUUCUCUGAGCUCAUGUACGAAAAUACAUCUACAUGGCAGGUACCUGACGGUUUUCCGCAACUCCCUAGUGCCCAUAGUAGAGAGGAGCUACCACCAACUCCUAACACGCAAGUACCGACACCCGACAACUCCACAUUCAAUUCCAAAUCAUCCGCAGAUUCUCGACCAUCUGACGUCGAAGCAGUCGCCACCGGCAAAAAUUCCUCAUGGGCUGCACGCAACCCUGGACGACCUGUACUCACAACUCACCAGGGUGAAGCUGUGUUGAAUGACGCUGUGAAGUCUCUUGCCACAACAUAUGCAGAUAUGAUCGAGAAGCUAGCGGAUGAGCAUAGUGUCACUACAGAGAAGGUAAAGCUACUCCUGGGUUGCAAGACAUUCUACAAGAACAAGCAGGGGCCUACCUUGCACAACGCAAUUGUCCAUGUGAAGGCUCUUGAGUUGAAUGAAGGGCGUCCAAUGGGAGCAAAAUACACACUAGAGAAAAAAGAUUACAUUUUGAAACUCAAGGAACACCGCAUGCAACAAUGCCUGAGUGUGUGUGCUACCAACUUGGCUGCUUCAAAAGAUGCGCAGGUAACCCUGGACAAAGUGUUCAAGGAGCUUGAGGCUUUGGCCCUCCACACUGGAAUGUAUGUGUGUUUGUUUGCGACACAUGGUCAUGUCUAUGACACAAACCAAGCCAUGUGGUUUGGAACUGACAAUGUGAUGUACUUCUGGGAGGACGUUCUCUCACUGCAACCUGACUACAUCACCAAGCAGCUGGAAUUGUGGGGGUGCAAUCAAAACAAAAACAUCAAUGAGCGUGAUUCGGUGGAGAAUAUGCAGAGGCAGUCUAAACAUUUACUUGAGUCAGGCUUCAAUGUGAUCACGAAGGGCCAUAAUAUAUGUAUGGUGUAUAUGAACUUCGAGACAUCUAUCAAGGAGAAGCACGGUAUAAACAUCAAAGGCUGGCCUGAGAAUGUGCUCUUCACGAGCCCAUACAAAAUCGGUACUGUGGACAAGAUUCGAUCGCUCCAUCAUGCCCUACAAAACGGCACAUGCCACUGGGUCAACUUCACUCCUCACCAGCAUCAGGAGCACAUCCAGCAUCUAGAUGCUCGCCAUAAGGCCGGAGAGACAGUGAGAGCCCCCAGAAAGAAACACUCUGAUGCUGGAGUAUCCUGUAAACACCGUUCUGCGAAAGAGAAGGUGCCACCAUCCAAGAGGGUGCGGUCAGCAGUGUCUAACAGAAGGCCAGCUCCCAAAAGUGUCGAAUAUAUUGACAGUACAGACAAUGAUGAGGACUCAUUAAAGGAGGAUGAUUAG